AUGAGUGAGGACCCAGUCACAGCAACAGAGAGCUCACAUGUCACAACAAACGAGCUUUCUUCAGCAGCUAAUCCUGCAGAGAACUCGAAGAUUUUACAAAAACCAUUAAGACGUACUCGCGUCGGGACUAAACUUGAAGACAUAUACCCACACAUACCUAUUUCGCUUGACGAUAUAGAUUCGGCUUUUGCUUUACAAGAGUAUCUACAGUACCUGAUCAGAACAGACAAGGAAAACUUGGAUCUUUUGGUACAAGUGCCCGAAGGGCAGGAUGCAGACGCCUGGCAAUACGAGCAUUUAAGACAACUCUGUCUUGAACUCGGAUAUCUCGUCGUACAGUUGAUGUCUGAAUGCACCAGGGAAACCUGUCGAGAAAUGAAAACGACUGAAUUUCAAUAUCUAUGCGCAACGCAUCCAAAGUCUUCAUGUUCUGCAAUGGAUUAUAUCGUGCACACUCUAGAUCAAUCAAUAAGCUCGCUGAAUGACCCCAGAUUAUUUCCAAGCAGAAUGUCCAUCCCAGCCACCUCGCUAAAAAACUAUCAAGAAAUCUCGCGAAGGUUAUAUCGGAUAUUUGCUCAUGCUUACUUCCAUCAUAGGGAAAUCUUUGAAGCAUUUGAGAUCGAAACAUUUUUAUAUGCGAGAUUUCUUAAACUAUCAACUCAAUAUAAACUCGUAUCGAAAGAUCUUAUAAUCAUUGCUCAGCCAUAA